CAAUCAAAUCACUGAUUGUGGGCUUUUUCCUUCUUUAAUCUCAGAUAAAUUUACUCCCUCGUCUGCUUUGAAAAGGGGGUCCAUCGACCAGCUUUUUAAAAGCUGUUGUUUUUGUUUGUUUUUUUUUGCUUUGAGGUGCAGAGUUGUUCUCUUAAGAAGGCUUUAAUACUCUCUCUGGACUGGAAAUGGAAAUUUUUCAAUUGUGACUCCGUCCCACCGAGGGACUAGUUCUUUCUAUCCCACAGAGAGCUCCAGCCUUCACCUCUGGUACAAAGCUGAAGACUUUUAGAGGAGCUCCACAUAUUCUGCACAUCAGGGAAGUUUUUUUUUUAUAUAUAAAAUGGGAGACUAUGAUGAAGACACUGCAUUUCUUGGACAAACUGGUCCAUAUUUCUGGACCACAUUCUUUCUCCUAAACACAGUUUUUGUGUCAACUGGAUUCAAUGGACUUUACAUUAUUUUUGCUGGAGCAGCUCCGAAGCACCACUGUUUCAUUCCAGAUGUCAACCUGACUGAGGAGUGGAGAAAUGCCAUCAUCCCUGUUACCAUGGUAGAUGGGGAAAAAGUUCAGAGUCAGUGCAGUAGAUAUAAGCUAGAUGUGGUUAGAAAUUUUUCUGCUGAGGGAAAUGUUCCUGGAAGAGAUGUUAAUGUCACCAACCUGCAGCAAGAGAGAUGUUUAGAUGGAUGGAACUACAGCAAAGAUAUUUACCAAUCCACCAUUGUCACUGAGUGGGACCUUGUAUGUGACAACCAGUGGAAAGUUCCUUUUGCAUCCUCAACUCUUUUUGUGGGAUACCUUUUUGGGUCCCUAAUCUCAGGGCAACUUUCUGACAGAUUUGGGAGGAAGAAAGUUGUUUUCAUGUCUCUUGGGACUCAGUGUUUCUCAGUCCUGCUUCAGUCAUUCUCUCAUUCAUGGAGAAUGUUCUGCAUCAUGUUCCUUUUCAUUGGAGCUUCUCAGAUAUCCAUCUACAUCUCAGCGUUUGUUCUAGGUACAGAGGUAUUGAGUAAAACCAUGCGAGUUCUCUUCACAACUCUGGGUGCCUUCCUGUUUUACUGCAUUGGUUAUAUGACACUUCCAUGGAUUGCAUAUGGCAUCAGAGAAUGGAGGACUCUGCUUGCUGUUCUAUCAGCAACUUCUGUGGUGUACAUCCCACUGUGGUGGUUCAUCUCAGAGUCGCCUCGGUGGCUGCUUACUCAGGGCCGAGUGAAAGAGGCAGAAAUCAUUGUGAGGGACGCUGCAAGGAAAAAUAAAGUGGAGGCACCACCUGUCAUCUUUAAAGAAUCUGAGAUACAAGAAAUGUCACCUGGCAGAAAGUACACCAUGCUUGAUGUUUUGAAGUCCAAGAACAUUAGAUGCAUCACACUCAUGUGUCUCAUUUUGUGGAUGGCAAUAAACAUUGGGUAUUUUGGUUUAUCUCUGAAUACAUCCAACCUGAGUGGCGACCCCUUCAUGAACUGUUUUCUAUCAGCUGUCAGUGAAGUUCCUGCCUACAUUGUUUCUACUUGGCUUCUAAAGAAAUGUCCAAGAAGAGCACUUCUGUCAACAUUCCUCAUCAUCGGAGGAGGAGUUCUCCUGCUCAUCCAGUUCAUCCCUGACACACUCUAUAAUGUUGCUCUGGCACUGGAAAUGACUGGGAAGUUUGGCUUCACCAUGGCCUUCAGCAUCGUGUACAUCUACACCGCUGAGAUCUACCCCACUGUUCUCAGGAAUGUUGGCAUGGGAAUGUGCUCCUCAGCUGCUCGUAUUGGCAGUAUCACAGCUCCUUAUGUCAUUUAUUUAGGUACAUAUAAUAAGGUUCUACCUUAUAUAUUAAUGGGAAGUUUGACUAUUGCCUCCUCUGUCGUUAACUUUUUCCUUCCGGAGACCCUUCAUAAAGAUCUUCCAGAAACACUGGAGCAAAUGCAAGAAUGUGGAGGGUUAUGUUUUGGGUCCAAAAAGAAAAUACACUCGCAAAAUGGAGCAACACGCAGCAUACCCAUUCUACAAGAGUCCAAACCUGAUGUGCAAACUCUCACUUAGCUUUAUUUAAUCAUCGUCUUUAGCAAGACAGAAAGUUUCUCUUGCUUGAAAGGGAUCGACUGAUGUGUGAAAGUGAUCCUAAAAGAAAAUAUUACUGGGAAUCCAGAAUAUUGUUGCAUUUUUUUGUUGUUGUUUUUACUUAAUUAAUGUUUGUUAAUUCAAUACAUUUUCCAAACUGUUGCAAAAAGAAAAUCAAAUAAAAAUUUUGUAUAAAAUUAUAAAAUAUGUAUCUGAUUGAUCGCUAACUUUUGUCUAAUAAUACUUUUCAUUAAAACAACAUUAACACAUAAACUGUCAUGAUACAGAACCAA